AUGACAAAAAAGAACUUUAAGCAAGCUCUUUUAAAAGAUGUUGUACCAUACGCAGCGCACGCACCAUCGUAUGCUGAUACUUGGGGCUGGAUUAUGGUGAGUAAAGCUUUGCCUCUGGAAAAUGACACGACUGGGAUAUCCUGUAUCAAACCAACCAAUCCCAGCAAUCAGUCCCGAGAAACUGAUAUCAAAAUAAAGCAACGUAUUGAUGGGGAACUCAAGUUCCUAGAUGGGCAAGCCUUGUCUGCAAUGAUUGGUCUCAACAAGCAUGUUGGCAAAAGCCUAGCAACAGAGCGAAGUGUAUACACAGAGGAGGCAGCACGGUUUAUCCAUGGACAUGAAACUGCUGUGAAGUAG